AUGGCCGCGCUCGCCGCCGACGCGGAGGCCGGGCUGGAGUCGGUGUUCCCGCAGGAGCUGGGGCUCUUUGCAGAUGCUUUCCCGGUAGAGGCCCGUUACCGGUUCUGCGGGCACGAGCUGAGCAUCGCGCAGCACCACGGCGCCCAGCUGGGAGUGGCUGCGCCGGUUUGGGAAGCGGUGAGUAGUCCGGGCGCAGCUGGAUCCGUCCGGGGCCAGAGAUUUGCACGAGGCUUGGAGGAAGGGCUUAGUAGCGCAGCCCUGUGCAGGUCUACUUGGAAGUAAGCCUCGCGGAGUUUAGCAGGGCUUACUUCCAGGUAAGCGUGCAUAGGGUUGCAGGCAGCUAUUGCUUCAGGUAGAUCUUGGCACAUCCGUGCACUUCUUAAAACAGGUAGAAAUCUUGCCGUUGCAUAUUUACUGUUUUCUAAGUGGUCGCCUCUGAGCUUUUUUUUAAUGGCAUGCAUCCAGGCUCAAGCAAUAAUCUCCGCAGGAACUUUUCGGCGCAUCUCUUGCACAAGCCUGCCCCAACGUGCCUGUUUCGAAAGGGGCGAAGCAGUCUGCACAGAAAAUAGAUCUAGGCAGGGCUUCCCAAACUUGGGUCGCCAGCAGUUUUGGGACUACAACUCCCAGCAUCCCUAGCUAGCAGGACCAGUGGUCGGGGAUGAUGGGAGUUGUAGUCCAACAGCUGGAGACCCGGUUUUGGAUACCCUGGUCUACGCUGUUGACUUUAUAGGAUCUAAUCUGCACAUGCAGUAGAAUUGAGGACUUGUUAUUGUUGUCAGCAUAUAAUUACUAUUACUAUUCAAACUGAGCAGCCGACAACAAACAAAUGCUGCCAGCCUCCUUCUUUUCCCUGCUCCUACUUUGCCUUCCUCUUAGCAAAGAAACUCUUAAAGCAUCAAAAAAAUGUAAGCCUGCAAGUUUUCCCUGCAAGUACAAUAAUUGCUGCUUGAUGUUGAUGGUUUGGACUAUGGUGAUCAGUGCUGUGGCACAAAGUAAAACAUUUAGACCAGCCUUUCUCAACCUCUCUGUGGCUCAGUCUACACCACAGUUUCCCAAACUUGGGUCUCCAGAUAUUGAUGGACUACGGCUCCCAUCAUCCCUAGCUAACAGGACCAGUGGGCAGGGAUGAUGGGAACCGUAGCCAAAAACAGCGGGAGACGCCCAAGUUUGGGAAACCCAGCAAGAAAAUAAAGACUGGUGCAUGUGCGUAUGUAUGUUCUGUAAUGUGAAAGUGUUGCUUUAGUUCCUCUAAAAAGGGCAGCUGCUUUUUGGUCUCCUGUGAAGCAGUGCUAGAUUUAGGGAGGUGUGGGUGGUUCCCUUGCACAGGGUGCUGAGCUGAGGGGGCACAAAAUAAUAAUAAUAAUAAUAAUAAUAAUAAUAAUGACAGUAAUAAUAUUUUUAAAAAACCUAUAUUGAUACAGAAUAAAAAGAAUUUUAAAAGAACCGAAUAAAAAGCCAACUUUAUCAAAAGGAAUUAUUGCAAAAAUGAGAAGUAUUUUUUUUGGGGGGGAGUGCCAAAUUUUGUCCUCGCUAAGGGUGCCAUAUCACCAAAGUCCACCCUUGACAUGAGCAUGAGAUGGACCUCUGUUCAGUGCAGGCUGCUCUGCUGUUGAACUUCAUCUUUUCCUUCCUCAUUACAGCAGCAUCUUAAUCCCUAAAUGUCAAAUGCUUCACAGGUACAAUUACAAUUCUUCCCUACUCCACUGCAUACAUUGGCAGACGUUGUGAAAUAAUCCCGUUGUCAGCAGGGACACUAAUAAUAAUAAUAAUAAUAAUAAUAAUUUAUUUAAACCCCGCCCAUCUGGCUGGGCUUCCCCAGCCACUCUGGGCAGCUUUAAACAAAAUAUUAAAAUACAGUAAUGCAUCAAACAUUAAAAGCUUCCCUAAACAGGGCUGCCUUCAGAUGUCUUCUAAAAGUCUGGUAGUUGUUGUUCUCUUUGACAUCUGGUGGGAGGGCGUUCCACAGGGCGGGUGCCACUACCAAAAAGGCCCUCUGCCUGGUUCCCUGUACCUUGGCUUCUCGCAGUGGGGGAACCGCUAGAAGGCCCUCGGCGCUGGACCUCAAUGUCCGGGUAGAACGAUGGGGGUGGAGACGCUCCUUCAGGUAUACUGGAGGUAUACUGGCCUACUAGUCCUGUUGUCAAAGGUGGAAUGGGAAAGUUUGCAUCACCUACAGAUGUGCUUGGCAUACUGAAUGUAUCCUUGGGAUCUUUAAUUCACUCCUCAUUUACUCUUCAUUCUCUCUCUCUCUUCCCAUGUCUAAGGCUCUAACCCUCUGCGAGUAUUUUGAGGCACAGAAACUGAAUUUCUGGGGCAAGAAGGUUAUAGAACUGGGUGCUGGGACGGGCGUUGUGGGCAUCCUUGCAGCCCUUCUUGGUAUGUAGGAUCACUUAUUGAUUAUUUAUUUGUUAAAUUUAUAUACCGCCCUUCAUCCAAAAAUCUCAUGGUUGAUUCACAGCAUAAAGAUGCAAGAUAAAGUCACAACACAAAAUAAAAACAAAAGCAACCGAUAAUCCGCCCCUCUCCCACAAAACACAUUUAAAAGGACAUAGAAAGUUAUUCAGCCGAAGGCCUGGUUCAAGAGGAGCGUUUUUGCAUGGUGUCUAAAGUUGCGUAAGUGAUGGUUGCAGGUGAGCCUCGCUGGGGUGAGCAUCCCACAAAUGGGGAGCCACCACAGAAAAGGCCCCUUCUCAUGUUGCCAUCCUCUGGACCUCUCGUGGAGGAGGCACACAAAGAACGGCCUCAGGUGAUGAUCGCAGGGUCUGGUUUGGUUCAUAUGGAGAGAGGCGGUCCUUGAGGUAUUGUGGUCCUGAGCUGUUUAAGGUUUCAUAGGUCAAAACCAGCACUUUGAAUUGGGCCUACUUGGCAGCCAGGGCAGUUGGGCCAGGAUUAGUGUAACGUGUUCAGACUGUCUUCCCCAGUGAGUAUCCUGGCUGCGAAAUUCUGCACCAGCUGAAGUUUCCAAACCAUCCUCAGAGGCAGCCCUACAUAUAACACAUUGCACUAAUCUAACCUUGAGGUUACCAGAGCAUAGACAACAGUAGUUAGGCUAUCCCUGUCCAGUUAGGGGUUCAGCUGGGCCACCAGCCAAAGCUGAUGGAAGGCACUCCGGGCCACUGAGGCCACCUGAGCCUCAAGCAACAUUAUGAGUAAUGCACAUGGUACCAAACUGAAUUUGUUGCUAACAGUUUCCUUUCUUCCAGGCGGUGAUGUGACCAUCACAGAUCUUCCUGUGGCCAUGAAGCAGAUAGAGGAGAAUGUCCGCCGGAACGUGCCUGCAGAAUUCGCAACACGAACCAGAGUUUGUGCUCUGUCGUGGGGUGUGGACCACAAAGAGUUCCCCCCAAAUUAUGACUUCAUCCUGGGUGCCGAUAUUGUCUAUCUCAAGCACACCUACCCCUUGUUGAUCAGGACUCUCCAGCAUCUAUGUGGUGCUCAGUCUAUCAUCUACCUGUCUUCCAAGAUGCGUCAGGAGCAUGGUACGGCGCUGUUCUUUGAGACGCUGCUGCCUGUGCACUUCGCCUCAAAGCUGGUCUUUAGAGAUGAGGUUGAGAAUAUUAAUAUCUACAAAGUGACCUGCAAAAGUGACAUCAGACAGUGA